AUGGCGUUUACAAUCAAUCGUCGAUUACUGAAACACAAUUGCUUACUAUGUCUUGGUCUUUUAUUUAUUUUUGAAUUGUUUCAAACAACACUUUUUUCACUAGUUAAUUUCAAUGUAUCAGUUAUUCAACUCUCCAAUAACAAAUUAUCGAAAAAUACGAAUAAACUAUUCGUUCAGCCAUAUUAUUACCCGAUAUCUUGUCAAAAAUUAUUUGAAAGUGAUCCAACUGAAUUAAAAAAUGCGCUUACACUUUUAUCUCGUACAAAAAAGAUAUCUUUAAUUGCAAAUUAUCGAUAUAACAUAACAAAAGAACAAUGUUCUAUUUAUCGUUCAGAACGAUUUAAUGAAUCGUUUCAUAUCGCAGACAGUUCAAUCAAUAGACAAUUUCCAUUAGCAUUUAAUAUUCUUCUGUAUGAAAAUGUUGAACAAUUCGAACGACUACUGCGCAUAAUUUACCGUCCGCAAAAUUUCUAUUGUAUUCACGUUGAUAGUGACGCAUCAUUGGAUGUAGUGGAAGGUGUGCAAGCGAUCGUGCAAUGUUUUAAAAAUAUAUUUCUAUCGAGUAAACGAGAAAAAGUGGUUUAUGCAACAUUUUCAAGAUUGCAAGCUGAUUUAAAUUGCAUGAACGAUCUAAUUGAAUAUCCAUCAUGGAAAUAUUUAUUAAAUAUUGCCAAUACAGAAUUACCAUUAAAAACAAAUAGUGAAUUAGUUAAAAUAUUAUCGAUUUAUCGCGGAUAUAAUGAUAUUGAAGGACGAUGGAAAUCAAGAAAUGCUCUACGAACUGACUACGUGUGGGAAGUAAUCGAAUCCAACAAUACCUCCUACAUAUCUCAUUUACGAAGAACGAAACAAAAAAAGAAACUUCCACCGGGUAAUGUUGAAAUUGUGAAAGGGUCAGCCUACGGUGCUUUUUCUCGUGCGUUUGUUGAAUUUGUACAAAAAAGUCCAAUAGCAAAAGAACUAUUGGAUUGGUCACGUGAUACAUUUAGUCCUGAUGAACACUAUUGGGCAACAUUAAAUUAUAAUACACAUUUGCGUGCUCCGGGCGGCUAUAAAGCAAAAACUGAUCCAACACAAUGGACAGCUCGUUAUGUUAUUUGGGGUAAACGUGGUUGUCAAGGGAUUGUCGUGCACGGUAUUUGUAUAUUAAGUACAGCUGAUUUACCAACUUUAUACAAUCGACAUGAAUUAUUCGCCAAUAAAUUUCAAUUAAAAACUGACCCGAUCGCUUAUCAAUGUUUAGAAGAAGUUCUAAUCAAUAAAUCAAAACUUAAUCUGCCAUUGAAUGAUGCAGCAUAUUAUCGUAAAAUGCCUUUUCUAUUGCCGUCUUAA